CGAAGAAAACAACAGGAAUGAGGGAGGAAAGAACAUGAGCAAGAAGAACGAAAUUGAAGAUAACAGGAACAGAAGCAAGACAGAAGGAGUCGGCAAACGUCAGGAAAGCAGUGAAGAAGAAUACGGCCAGCAAGAAAUAAAAGCACGAGAAAGAUCAUAA